CUCACAGUAGUCAACUAAAUUUAAUUCAUCACACAAAUACAAAAUUACAAAAUUGAACCGUAUUUAACAAACAAAAAUGAUCGGAAUUGACAAUUUUAGUAAACCACAGAAAAUUGCAAAAACUGGAUAUGAACAGCUGUUAAUACGAGAUGCGAUUCCUGAUAUAUUCUCUCAUUUGAUGAAACGUCAUGUGUUCUCUUAUCCGAAAGAUGGUAGCCAUAAGCAGUGGAUUCGCCCACGAUUAGUGAUCCUGCUUUCAACAGGAGACAUAAAUCAAGUAGCUAGCUCUGUUGCAAAAGACCUGUAUCAUCCAAUCGGCAGAGAUAUAAUUGCCUGCGUUUUGGUAGAGGAACCUAAGCGGGAUGAAUUUAUUAAAAAAGUUCAUCGCCGCUUACAGCUAAUGGAUGACCGUUUACACACACAUCCAAAUUAUUUGCGGUCAGUUAAGAUAAUCAAGCGCAUGAAUUGCUCGACAAUACAUAUCGAAGAGUUCACAGAAGCUGACACAAAGAAACAAUGUGGUAAUAUAACACCGGGUUCGCCAAUAGUUGUUUUGGACUUUCCACAAUAUUAUUUUGGAGAUUACCCCCCAGGCAUCAUAACUUUAAACUCAUUUCGCAACAUUAGUGAUGCAGUAAAACUCUGUAAGCGAGAAGGCUUAAAAUUCGAUACUGCUUCCGUCUGGUCCUCUAAAUUAACCGAAUGUUUUGAACUAGUGAGCAGACUAGAUAUGCCAUCACAUUUUACAUUUAAUUGUAUGACAGCGCCGUUCGUUUCAUUGUCGCAAUAUACUCAUACUGAUGGAAUGGUGUUAAUAGUACAAAACAUCCGCUAUGAGAUUCUUGCAGUCAAUGGAAAACUCAAGAUUGUAGCAUGUCUCGUAAAAUAAAAUAAGAUUUAAUUUUAAUUUCAUGUUUGAAAAUAAGAAAUAUAUGAGACACCAUAAAGCCAAAACGAA